AUGUCGUCCCUCCCCAACGUCCACGUCUCGACGCACCCGUCCCUGCGCACCAAACUGAGCCAGCUGCGCUCCCAAACAGCCGACUCGAGACAAGUAAAAGCGCUCGUGAAUGACAUUUCGCUCAUCCUGGCAUGUGAAGCCCUGGCCAAGAACCUCGUAACCGGCCCCGGACCCAAGGACGCAACUCCGCUCGGCUUCGAGUACACGGCGACAACGGCGCACCCGCAGACGAUUUGCAUCGUGCCCAUCCUCCGGUCCGGCCUGGGCAUGGUGGACGCCGUGCAGACCAUUCUGCCCGACCCCGUCCCCGUACACCACCUCGGCAUGUACCGCGAGCCGUCGACCCUCGACCCCGUUGAGUACUACAACAACCUGCCGCACCACAGCCCGCAGUCGUCCGCCGAGAACAGCACCGCCAGCAGCCUCGCCGUCCUGGUCGAUCCCGUCAUCGCCACGGGCGGCACGUGCGCCGCCGCCAUCCAGACGCUGAGGGAAUGGGGCGCCAAAAAGGUCCUCGUCAUGUCCAUCAUUGGCGCCGAGGAAGGCGUCAAGAGGGCCGCCGAGGAGUGGCCCGAGGGGACGGAGCUGUGGAUCGCGGGCGUGGACGCCGAGUUGACGCCCGACGGCAUGCUGAAGCCUGGCCUGGGCGACAUUGGCGACAGGCUGUUCCUGACGACGGCUAAGCAGGCGUAG